UAAAUCAAUUGACAAAUUAAAUUAAAUCUAUGUUUGUGAAAUGUUUUAAAAAAAUAAAGAAAACAUAAACACAAAACAUCCCAUUACAGUAUAAACAUUACGCAAAAUACAUUUGUCAUUAUAUCAUCACUCUGCAAAGAGGUUGGUAGUGGUGAAACGAAUAUUUGGCUGAAUAAUAUAAAUUGCAUCGAUUCAUUUUAUAUUUAUUAAAAAGUCUAAUUUAAAAGUUUCCUACACAAUAUGCAGUCGGAAGAUGUUCAUGAAGCAUUGUCUCCAAUUUCAUGGCUCGCCGGUCGUUGGAAAACUGAAGCCGGCGAAGGACACUUUCCAAACUUGCAUGAUUUUCAUUAUCAUGAAGAAUUGGAAUUCAUUUGUAUCGGUCAGCCGAUGUUCAACUACACAUCAAUCUCUCGUCACCCCGAGAAACAAACUCCGAUGCAUCAAGAGAGAGGUUUCUUAAAGAUCAAGCCCGGCACAAACGAGGUCGCAUUCAUGGUCAGUCACAAUUUCGGUCUCACAUCCCUCGAGGAAGGCCAAUGCAGUGUACAGAAUAAGGAAAUCAAAUUGACAACAACAAAUUUAACGAGAUGUUCCUUCUCCAAGCCUCCGCAUGUUAAGAGAUUUGAAAGGAAAUUCAAAUUGCUGGAACCCGAGCUAUUAGAAGUGAUUUUAUAUAUGGAGACGGACAGCACCCCAUUAAGCGAACACCUCAGAGCCGUUUAUAAAAAAGUAUAGUGCUCUUAAGUAGGUAGAUCAUCUACUUGAUUAUUAAAUUAUUAUUUUUAAGUAAUUAUUUCUUUGUCGUUGAUAGAUUUAAAGGUAAAUAUUUAUAUAUAUUGAAUCGAAAUCUCGUAUAGUUUUUAUUUUAUCUGAAUUUAUUAUGAAAUUGUUGUUUUGAAAACUAUCCAAUGUCACAUAUAUAUUAAUGAAACAUUUUAAAGAUA